AAGAGAACAGCAGAGCAGGAAUCAAAACAAGAGACGGACACGCCUUCGCUCCUAAAGGUUAUACCAGCUUAUUUCUUAGACCUGCUGCACUAAAUUCAACCCGCCGUGCAAGAAGAGGCCCAAAAGCAUCACCACAAAGAGAAAAGCCCGCAUUAAAAACAAAGCACUGCAAGGGUCCACUGCAGAAAUGGAGUCCACAGAAAUGUCAGACAGCGCUGACAGGAGCCGUUGAUAGAGGUCGAAAAUAACACUUGACACCCGAAUCCUGUAAAAUGCCCAACCAGAAGAGCAGCAAGGGAAAGAAAAGCAAACGCACGAACAGUAGCGGAGAUGAGCAGGAAAAUGGAGCCUGUGCGGCCCCAACAGGAGGCGCGGCCGCGGCGGCUGCACCCAGGAGCGAGCGCUCAAGUGAGGUCCAGUGUGCAACCCCCCUUGGCUGCAGCCUGAACCGUGCCAUUGAUCUGGAGAAGGACGACUGCCAGAGGGUUGUUUGCAACAGCGAGCUCUGCCCUUAUGGCAACUGGAUGCAUCUACAGUGUUUCUACGAGUGGGAGAGCUCCAUCCUUGUCCAGUUCAACUGCAUCGGCCGUGCGCGGUCCUGGAAUGAGAAGCAAUGCCGACAAAACAUGUGGACCAAGAAAGGCUACGACCUAGCCUUCAGGUUCUGCUCCUGCCGCUGUGGCCAGGGUCACCUGAAGAAGGACACCGACUGGUACCAGGUGAAACGCAUGCAGGACGAGCGUAAGAAGAAGUCGUCGGAAAGGAGCUCAGGCAGGACUGGAGCCAGCGGAGGUGCUUCAGGGUCCGCCGAUGGGUUUUUUGAGGAGCCCAAGAAAAGCAAACCACUUGGAGGAGCUGUAGGAGGAGCCAAACUAGCUAAUAGGGCCUCUAGUCAGGAGAUGCCUCGUAGACAAUCAGUGGACCGACAGAACUCCACAGAGAGAGGUGGGGCAGCAGCAGCAGGAGGAGGAGGAUAUGCAAUAGGAGGGCCUUUACCUUUGGGGCCUCCUCAGAAAUCUCCAUGUGACUCCCCGGGACAGUCUCCUCCUACUGGCUUCACCUUCUCCCCCACUGCUGCUGUCGGAUCGGGAGGUGGGGGAACAGGUAUGCGGGGUUCCCGUCAGCUGGGAGAGUUCUUCAAAUCAGCCGUCCACAUGGACGCACAGAGGAAACACCUGCUGGUUGGGGGAUCUCUCGGUCGGAGCGGAGGCUGCUCCCUGGGAGCCUCCGGCGGUGCAGCUGGUGCUCCUCACUUAGAUGCAGGGUCUGUCCUACCGCUACAGCUAUCCUUUACCCUCCCUCUUCACCACCGGCUCACCUCUGGCAGUGUGGGUGAUGGUAGCCACCCUCACCCGGUGCAGUUCCUGAGGAGGCUGGACCUCUCGGAACUCCUCACCCACAUCCCGCGCCACAAGCUCAACACCUACCACGUCCGCAUGGAAGAUGAUGCCCAGGCAGGCCAGGGAGAGGAGCUGCGCAGGUUCAUCCUGUCAGCUCUCAGUGCGAGCCAGAGAAACGUGGUCAACUGUGCACUGUGCCACCGGGCGCUGCCUGUAUUUGAGCAGUUUCCUUUGGUGGAUGGGACGCUGUUCCUCAGCCCUUCACGCCAUGAUGAGAUUGAGUACGAUGUGCCGUGCCACCUUCAAGGCCGGCUGAUGCACCUCUACGCCAUCUGUGUGGACUGUCUAGAGGGCGUCCACAAGAUUGUCUGCAUCAAGUGCAAGUCACGCUGGGAUGGGAGCUGGCACCAGCUGGGCACCAUGUAUACCUACGACAUACUGGCUGCUUCACCGUGUUGCCAGGCCCGUCUCAACUGUAAGCACUGCGGGAAACCGGUGGUGGACGUUCGAGUCGGGAUGCAGUAUUUCUCCGAGUACAGCAACGUCCAGCAGUGCCCCCACUGCGGCAACCUGGACUAUCACUUUGUUAAACCUUUCUCCUCCUACAAAGUUCUUGAGGCUUAUUGACAAAUGUUGCUCUUGCAUGCUAGUUGAGCUGCUUUUUGUUUGUUUGUUUUUUUCUAACACAAUCUAGGAAAGAUUUUAUUUUUUGGGCCUUAAGGAGGUUUUUAAGUUCUCUCUGUUUUGAUUUCAUGAUUUCAGUUUUUUUUUAAUGUAUAGGAAAUGUAUGAUUCUAGUUAGAGAAAAGUUCCAUGACAGUAUCUCUGCGGUUAGAGAUAAGUGUUGAUAAGAGUGUUGCACUGACAUUUAAGUCAAGCAAACACAUUUAUCUGUGACGAGUGAAUGUAUCUGUAUGCCAAAUUUACUUUUAUUUUUUACCAAAAACAAUCUUGAAUAAAGCUGAGAGAGAUAGACACUGGU